UAUAUUUUUUACACACACCACUUUAUGUUACACACAUAUGUAAAUAUUGUUCAUACAUAAUACAUAUAUGUAAUCGAAGGGAGGGUCAAUAAAUUUGGCCGCUCUCUCUCUCUCUAUGAUAGUACAUACAUAAAAAAAAAUAAAAUAGUGUUAAUCACACUAUUGUCCAAAAAGUUUUCACUAUUAUAUAACUAAUUUUAUAAAUUACAUUGACUCUAGGUCAAGCCUACACUUGAGGAUUAAUCAAAUCCAUAAAUAGCCAAUAUUUAUUUUUAAAAUGUAUUAACAAAGUGUAACAAAGUGUAACAAAGGUGUUUUAUUCAAUAAUAAUAAUAAUAUUAAUACAUUAAUAGCAACUAUAAAUUUUUUCGUUUUUUCUCUUUAAUAUGGAUUAUCAAUUUAGUGAUAAUAUGGAUUAUCAAAGUGAACCUGGACCACCAAUUAAUUAUAAUUUGCAGUAUUAUAUUUCAAUGGAUGGACCAACACAAAAUUGGCUAAAUAAUUUAGAUCGUAUUUGGGCAUCAUGGAAAAAAAGUCCAGCUGUUACUGAAACAUUAUUUACAUAUUUUGACACAGCACCAAAUCCUUAUGAGAGUGCUUUAAGAAUUCUUGCAAAUACAUCUGAUUUUAAUAAUAUUAAAACAAGUGCAUCACUUGCUCUAACAGUUGUUGAAGAUUUUCAAAAAUGGCUUUUAAAUCAUAAAGAAAAACAUCGUCAAUGUCUGGUCCCAAAAUUAAAAGAAGUAGCAUUUAAAAUUGUUAUGAAACAAAGAAGUUUUCAACUAUUUAAACUUGUAACACAAGCAUAUGAAUUUGAAGCUGAUAAAGAAAUGUUUAUUCCAUAUUUAGAAAAAAUGAUUGAUGAAAAUAAAUUUAAAGAUGCUUGUCAAUAUGCAUCAGCACUUCAUUUAGAAACACAUUUUUGUGAUCCAGAAAUAUUAAUAUUACCAUUAAUAUUACAAAAUAAAAAUUCAAUUGCUGAAGAAUUUCUUGGUAAUUCACGUCAAGUACAACAUUCAUUAUUGACAUAUCUUGAUAAUUUAUUAGCUCCAUCAGUUGUUAUGCAAGAAGUACUUGAUCGUUAUAUAGACAAACGUAAUAUUCCAGAUGUUAAAAUGUCAACAUGUCAAAUAAGACCAAUGAUGAAAUUAUUAUCACGUCUUGUUAAAAAAUUUGAUUUUUCACCUGAUAUAUGUCCAAAUCAUAAUCGUAAACGUGGUGAAGGUGCAUUACAAUUUUUAGUAAGAAAACAUUUUUGUGAUGGUAGUUUAAGUAAAGAAUGUUGGAGAGAAAUGGCACGUGAAGCUGUUGGUACUGAUCCAUUAUUACAUUGUGAAAUGAUUAAUCAAAUUGCUCUUCAUGAUCCAAAUGAAGCACUUUAUUGGGCAAAUAUAUUUAAUGUACCAAAAACAAAAUGGCCAUGGUCAGUUACAAAUAUAAAUUCUGAUAUUAAAAAUACAGAAGAAAAUUGGGAUGAUGAUAAUAAUAUACAAAAUAAUAAUAUUAAUAAUACCAAUGAUAAUAUUAUUUAUCAUAGUUUAAAAUUACCACGUGAAUCAAUAAUACUUAUUGAUAAUCAACAAACAUUUAUAAAAUUUAUUAAUCAAGGAUUAAUUGAUGUUACAAUUGUUGGUAUUGAUGCUGAAUGGAAACCAUGUUUUGGUGUUAAAAAAACUGAACUUGCAUUAAUACAAAUAGCAACAAAUAAUUAUAUUUAUAUUAUUGAUGUUACAACAUUAGGAUCACAUAAUUCACAUUUAUGGAAACAAUUAAGUUUAACAUUAUUUGAAAAUAAAAAUAUUAUUAAACUUGGUUUUGGUUUAAAUCAUGAUAUAUCAAUGAUUAAAGAUAGUCUUCCAGCAUUAACAGAUGUUAAAUUUAAUGGACAAGGAUUUUUAGAUUUACAUCAUCUUUGGCGUAAGCUAGAUAAAGAUUGGGUAUUUAAAUUUCCAUAUAAUGGUGAUACAAAUUUUUCAUCUGAAAGUUUAAGUAAAAUGGUUGAAAUAUGUUUGGGUAAUAGAUUAAAUAAAACUGAUCAAUUUUCAAAUUGGGAAAGAAGACCAUUACGUGAAGGACAAAUUAUAUAUGCUGCAUUAGAUGCAUAUUGUUUGUUAGAAGUAUAUAAUGUACUAUUAAAUUUAUGUGAAAAACGUAAUUUACCAUUUUAUGAAUUAUGCAUGGAGCUACAACAUAUACCACAUCCAUCACCUAAAAAAUCAAUUAAAAAAAUUGAUAAAAAACAAACAACAACAACAACAUCAUCAACAGUGAAAUUAAUAAAAGAUGAUACAAAAAUUCCAGCUCAUUUAUGGCGUGUUGUUUGUGAUUAUGAAUUAGAUUCAUUAAUAAAUUAUUUAAGAAUGUGUGGAGUUGAUUGUUCAAGUAUAAAAUUGGAUAAUAUUACAAAUAAAACAGCUCAAGAUUUAAUAAAUGAAGGAAGAUUAAUAAUAACUAAAAAAAUUUAUGAUAAAUUUAUUGAUUUUAAUAAUAGCUAUUAUCAGCUAAAAAGUAAUAAUAUAACUGAUCAAUUGAAAGAAAUUUUAACACAUUUUAAUGUUAAAGUUUGUGAAGAAAAUAUAUUAUGUAGAUGUAAUAUAUGCAAUCAAAAUAGUUUUCAACAAGUUACCAGUAAUAUUAUGUGGGAAUUUUAUCAAAAAUUUAUCAAUGAUAAUAAAUUACAAAACUCAACAGCAGCAGCAACAUCAUCAUCAUUGGUCAAUAAUUGGCAUGAUAAUAAAUACUACACAGCUGAUACAUCAUCAUCAACAACAACAUGUGAUUAUUGGAAAUCAUCAAUGCCAUUAAUUAAUUCACGUAAUAAACGUACUUGGUUUUUAUCAACAGAUCAACAACAAUUAAAAAUGCCAAUUACAAAAUAUGGCAAAAGAAUACAAUUUGAAAUUAUUAAAAAUAAUAAUAUAUUUCAAUCAGUAUCACAAUUUUAUGUAUGUGAUAAUUGUGGUAAUAUUUAUUGGGAUGGUCAACAAUCAGAAUCAGUUAUUAAUUCUGUUCUUGAAAAUUUUAUUGUUAAAAAUAAAACAGGAUCAGACAAUUUUAUGUGUUCUAAUUUUUCUGGCUAAAGAAAAAAAGCUGCACUAAACAAUUGUCCAGUUAUUCUUUUUUUUUAAAUUAUUUUUUUCUAAGCCAGUUUAAGGGUUAUUAAUGUUUUAUAACAAUAAUUUAGUCAAGAAGUUUGAAAAAAUGACCGUUUUAUUUUUUAUUAUAAAAAGACAAAACUCUCCUUUUUUUUUUAUUUUUUUCAUGCUUUUAAAAACAACAGUUUGUUUAUCAAUAAACAAAAAAAAAAAAAAAAAGAUAUUCAAUUGGUCAAAUUUUCAUUCUUCUGAGUGAUUUUUUCAGUGAUAAUAAUUAUCUCGUUUUAGGUAUUUAAUUAUAUUUAAAUAAAAUAUAUCGGGUAGUAACAGUAUUUAACAUUAGACUAUCGCAAAUAAUUAUGAAGCGAAUUAAAAAAAAAAUUAUCAUACUAAUUAUCAUAGUAUUCUAAUAAAUGAGUUAUUGAUACAUUCAAUUAAAUUGAUGUUGUCAAUUAUGUAUAUCUCAUCAACAUCUAGUGUCGUACGCUUAGGGCGAUGUCAAUAAUUUUGACAGCCCAAACUAAACUAUAGUACAACAUACAUUCUUUUUUUUUUUUUGUUUUUUUCAUGUUACUAUUAUUAUAUUUCUUUGUUGCUCGAAAUGAGUAGAUAGAUAUAUAUCUAAAUAAAUAUUUUUAGUUGGAAGAUUUUUCUACGCAUUAUUAUAUUUAUAAUAAGUUAUUGCGAUCAAA